UUUAGCACGUGAUAGGCACAUAAUCAACAUUUACUGUUUAAUUGAAACAAAAUUAAAACUGGGCGCUAUCUCAAUCUUCAUUUGUAAUCGGCCCUAACUGCACUGGCAGUCUUUCCCGUUAUUUUGUUUUCCAUUCGCAUGCGUACCUAGCUCUCCGGCUCCUUUACAAAAGAAACCCGAAGGACGCAAGCACAGCCAGCGAAAACGAAAAACCCUCAAACGGACAAGAUGGCGGCCACCUCUCGCGCCUCUUAGUCCCACCCACUCAGGGAGGAGGUCUGCGUCAUGUGACCUCCCCCUUCCUGGGUCCGCCUUCCACCGCAGUGCCUGACGGGAGGCGGAGCGGCGAACGAGGCCGUCGGCCAUUUUGUGUCUGCUUCCUGUGGGACGGGGUGGAAGCCGUUGGGUUGGGAAAGUGAGCGAUUUUUCGCUUCGUUUCUCCUGCUUCUUUUUUCUUCCCUACUACUUUAUCGGUAGAGCGCAGUUAUGGGUCGCAAGAAAAAGAAGCAGCUGAAGCCGUGGUGCUGGUAUUGUAAUAGAGAUUUUGAUGAUGAGAAGAUCCUUAUACAGCACCAAAAAGCAAAGCAUUUUAAAUGCCAUAUAUGUCACAAGAAAUUAUAUACAGGACCUGGCUUAGCUAUUCAUUGCAUGCAGGUACAUAAAGAAACAAUAGAUGCCGUACCAAAUGCAAUACCUGGGAGAACAGACAUAGAAUUGGAAAUAUAUGGUAUGGAGGGUAUUCCAGAAAAAGAUAUGGAUGAAAGACGACGACUUCUUGAACAGAAAACACAAGAAAGUCAAAAAAAGAAGCAACAGGAUGAUUCUGAUGAAUAUGAUGAUGAUGACUCUGCAGCCUCAACUUCAUUUCAGCCACAACCUGUUCAACCUCAACAAGGUUAUAUUCCCCCCAUGGCACAGCCAGGACUGCCACCAGUACCAGGAGCACCAGGAAUGCCUCCAGGCAUACCUCCAUUAAUGCCAGGUGUUCCUCCUCUGAUGCCAGGAAUGCCACCAGUUAUGCCAGGGAUGCCACCUGGAUUGCAUCAUCAGAGAAAAUACACCCAGUCAUUUUGCGGUGAAAACAUUCUCCCCAAACAUUUCUUGUCUGCAGGUAUGCCCCCGCCUGUUCCACGUCCUGGAAUUCCCCCAAUGACCCAAGCGCAGGCUGUUUCAGCUCCAGGUAUUCUUAAUAGACCACCUGCACCAACAGUAACUGUACCUGCUCCACAGCCUCCAGUUACUAAGCCUCUUUUCCCCAGUGCUGGACAGAUGGGGACACCUGUCACAAGCUCAAGUACAGCUUCAUCCAAUUCAGAAAGUCUGUCUGCAUCUUCUAAAGCUCUGUUUCCUAGCACAGCACAAGCUCAGGCAGCUGUCCAGGGACCUGUUGGUACAGAUUUCAAACCCUUAAAUAGUACCCCUGCAACAACUACAGAACCCCCAAAGCCUACAUUCCCUGCUUAUACACAGUCUACAGCUUCAACCACUAGUACAACAAAUAGUACUGCAGCUAAACCAGCAGCUUCAAUAACAAGUAAGCCUGCUACACUUACAACAACCAGUGCAACCAGUAAGUUGAUCCAUCCAGAUGAGGAUAUAUCCCUGGAAGAGAGAAGGGCACAGUUACCUAAAUAUCAACGUAAUCUUCCUCGGCCAGGACAGGCCCCUAUCGGUAAUCCACCAGUUGGACCAAUUGGAGGUAUGAUGCCACCACAGCCAGGCAUCCCACAGCAACAAGGAAUGAGACCCCCAAUGCCACCUCAUGGUCAGUAUGGUGGUCAUCAUCAAGGCAUGCCAGGAUACCUUCCUGGUGCUAUGCCCCCAUAUGGGCAGGGACCGCCAAUGGUGCCCCCUUACCAGGGUGGGCCUCCUCGACCUCCGAUGGGAAUGAGACCUCCUGUAAUGUCGCAAGGUGGCCGUUACUGAUCUUACUUCAUCCAGUCUAAUAGGUUUGGAGAUUAAACCUUUUCUCAACUUGUGCUGUUUAUAUAGCCAAGCUUCCGUCAAUAAGGCUUCAUUGUGACUUUAACAAACAUUUAUCUUCCCACAUACCAGGAACUAUUGGACAUUUAUUUUACAUGGGAAAAAUUAUUUGGAAUAAUAAAGCAGGAAUUUUUCCUGAAGUUGCAAUUUAUACUGUAUGGCUUCUUUUUCAUGUUUCAUCUAGGUUUUUAGAAGUGAAGUAUAGUAAAUUUGGUUCGUUAAAUUGUGAAGGCGCUGGAAUUACAUGAACAUACCACCUUAUUAAAGGCAAGUUCUGUAAGCUUACAUUGCUAUUUGUAAAGUUAUGCCUUCACAGCAUUUCAGAUGCUGUUGGACUUCAUGUCCCCAACCUAGCUUGGUGAGGGCUGUAACUGUUUCCAAGUACUUGUACAUUGGAAGUCUGAAUGUGUAACAAUAUUUAAUGUAUUUAGAGUUCCUCAUGUUGCAGGGUUUAAGAAAUCUGACCCACCAAGGUCAUGUGACUUUUCUGUACUGUUAAACUUCAUUGUAAUAAAAUGAGAGAAAAAUUUAUGCCUUUUUAUUCAUAACCCAGCUGUGGACCACUGCCUGAAAGGUUUGUACAGAUGCAUGCCACAGUAGAUGUCCACAUAAUAAAAUACAUAGUUCCAAUGCAA